CAGCUGCUCUCCACACACAACAGGCUUGACAUAACUCCACAAUCUCGGGUCUUGCUCAUCACCAACCACAUCAGUAGUUACAACAAUGAUGAAGCCUUCUUUGCAUCCUCUCACGUUCUUGUGAGGCAACACCGUAAGGACUGCGUGCCCUCUUGUGAUGGAUUUGGAGGAAGCUUUCCAAGUGGUUGGAGAAUUCGGCACAUACCAGAAACGUGCAGUGGCAAUACUCACGUUGUUACAGAUUUACAUGGCAUGUCAGUCCAUGCUAAUAGUCCUGAUUGGAGCAGCACCCAGUCACACUACAGAAAGACUGGAGAAUACAGGUGCAGGUACAGAAGUACAAGGCAGCAGCCAAAUAUCAUUCACAGAGGAUUCCAGCUCCAUAGUUGCAGAGUGGUACCUCAUUAAACAUCAAGCCUAUAAAGUCCACUUGGCUGGUUCGCUGUUUUUUGCUGGUGUGCUGAUUGGAAAUGUGUUUUUUGGACCACUCUCAGACAGGAUUGGGAGGCGACCUGUCUUUUUGGGAGCUCUGUUUUUUGAGGUGCUGUUUGGAUACGUGAGCGCUCUGGCCCCGAGCUAUGAGGUGUUUGCCCUGUCUCGGCUGCUCGUGGGACUGAUGAAUGGAGGAAUGGCCCUCGUGUGUUUUGUGCUUACUCAGGAGUAUGUGGGCAAGUCCUACUGGGCAAUGACGGGAACCUUGACCAACAUGACCUUUGCGGUGGGCAUUGCCCUGUUUGCUGCCCUGGGCUACUUCAUCAGGCCGUGGAGAAACCUGGCCAUGGCUGCCAACUCGCCUGGCGUUCUCUUCUUUCUUCUCUGCGUGACUCUUCCGGAGUCCCCCCGCUGGCUCUACUCCCGUGGGAAGACGCAGCAGGCAGAGCAGGUGCUGCAGGAGCUGGCCCAGAGGAACGGGAAUGGCCGUCCCAUCCUCAAGCUCCGCCGCCCCCCGGGGCUGGACCGCCCUGACGGCUCCUCCAGCAGCACAGGCCUGGCUCCACUGGUCCUCCACCCAGUGCUGCGGCGGAGGACUCUGGUGCUCAUGUAUGUGUGGUACACAUGCAGCUUGGUGUAUUACGGGCUGACCAUGAACGCCAGUGAAGACACUGGAAACCGUUACCUCAGCGUGGCCAUGUAUGGACUGGUGGAGCUUCCAGCCUACCCUUUGUGUAUUUAUUUCAUAAACAAAAAAUGGGCUGGAAGAAGAAAAACGAUGGCCAGUUUUCUGGCCUGUGCAGGUGUAUCGUGUUUACUUACCAUGAUUAUUCCAGCAAAAUCAGAGUCCUGGUUCAAUGCCACCUCGCUGGCUCUAGUGGGCAAGCUGAUGGUCAGUGCAGCUUUCAACAUUGUGUAUGUCUACACAUCAGAACUGUACCCUACUGUAAUCAGAAACGCAGGGCUUGGUGUGUGCUCUAUGUCCUGUAGAGUGGGUGGUAUUCUGGCCCCCUUUGUCCCCUCUAUGAGGGUGGUGCAUGAGUCCAUGCCCUUCACGGUGUUCUGCCUGAGCGGCAUCUCCGCCGGCUGCCUGGGACUCCUCCUCCCGGAGACGCUAAACAAACCCGUUGCCGAGACGCUGGACGAGCUGGGCAGCCCCGCCUACCAACGCAUCGUGGAGAGCAAGGUGCGUUUACUGGAAGAUGAGGAGGAGGAGGAGGAGGAGAAGAAGGAGAAAGGACCAAAGCACAAGCUUAAUGGCUAAACAGCCUGGAGAGUCCAGCCAAUCAGGAUGAGGAAGGUGUGAGGUGAAGCUCAGGUCAGACAAGAGGGACCUAUUACAGGGGGGUGGCCCGAGUGCAACGACUGCCCUGGUGCUCCCCAUCACCAUCCACAUCUUACCCAGCAUUUCACCAGCAUUGCCUGAAGCGUUCAUGCCAUGGGGACCAGCACACAGGAGCAGCAGCUUCACUCAGAAGCACUUCUGGUUCAACACCAGAGGCGCGUCAGAUUCCAGCAAAGACUCGUAAGGGAAAUUCCCGAGUAGCUCUCACCAGCCGCAUGAGUGAGUUGUGUGAGGGACCAAGACCAAUCAAGGAUGCUGUGGGUGAGUGACAGCCUUGUUACAACUGGGGAGUCAAAAAAAAACGGAUUUUGUUUCAUUGCAUUUUUUUUUUAACUUAAUUUUGUGCUCAGUGUCAUUCCUAAAGGAUGCGUGCCAUCACAGGGCACACACUCAACCAGCCCAUUCACUAAAUUACUGAAGUACUUAGUGUACAGGACCAAACUGUUCCAGGGGAAUUCCUGAAUGUUUUCUUUUUUUUGUCUUAAUUACUGUCAUUCUACCCAAUGCCAUUAUUUUUUGUACUCUUGAAUUUAUUGUUUUUCUAACACCUCUCAUUGUGCCUAUUUCAUGGGCAGAGACGUUCAGUAUUCAAUUGUAUGAUAGAGUUGUGUGUGAAAGGUUUUUGGGACUUCACUUGAGCGCUAGAUGAGACUAAAUAUAUAAUUGUCUGCCUCUGUCUCAAAUCUUGUACACUAGUUGCUGUAGGUUUUGUUUACAGCAGAUGACUAGUCAGCUGGUCACUGGUGUAGGACUAUAUUUCAGUGACUUGGGGAUCUUUGACAAUGGAUAAUGUUAUUUUGGAAGUUUUGGUAUCCAAUUUUUGAGUCAUCUGGAAACUUCAUAGUCAAAGACAGUAGUAUUACACGGACAAAUGUGCAAAGUUAACGUGCAAGGCUGUAAAUCCUCCAUUUUCAGAGGACUGUUCUUGCACAAUAGGGUCAAUGUUGUUGUGAUAUGGUCAAAGUCUAGUAAUGGUAAUGAUAAUAAAAGGGAUGUCAACGUA